AAGAGUAGUGGACUUUUCUUCACCACUCUUCCACGACUCAUCUCAAUGAUACAUAACACGUACGCCCCACACCAAAUCUAUAAAUACCACGCCCUGGCCUUCGUCCCAGACACCAAUUCCAAAUACAAAUUACAAACUCAGAAACCCAGAAAUUGUAAUUCAUCUGUUUUGCGAGAAUUAGUACUCGAAAUGAAGUUGCUCGGAUUGAUUGGAAGCCUUGGCAGCAUAUGGCUGGUCUUGGCCAUAUCAGCAGUAGUAGCCCAGCCAUCAUCCUCUCCCGCUCCUGUUCUUGACAGUGCGGGAAGUCCUCUUGCACGUGGUGUAGAAUACUACAUCAAUCCUGCUAUUACUGAAAAUGGCGGCCGUUUCACCUUGAUUGAUCGCAAUGACUCGUGCCCAUUGUACGUUGGCCAAGAGAAUCUUUCAGGCCCGGAAGGCUACCCUGUUAUCUUCACACCUUUCGCUGAGGAAGAUACAGUGAUCAGGGAGAAUAGGGACUUGAGGAUUGUGUUCUCUGCGUUCACGACCUGUGUGCAGUCAACUGCAUGGAAGCUUGGCGAGAGAGAUCCUGAGAGCCAAAGGAGAUUGAUUGUCACCGGAGAAGCCCAAAGCAGGCUAAGUGCCGGCAAUUACUUCCGGAUAGUGAAAGCUGCCGUCGGAGACAAUAUCUACGAGAUUUCAUGGUGUCCGACGGAUGUUUGUCCCAUUUGUAAGUUUGAUUGUGGGACUGGUGGUGGUUUGGUUGAGAAUGGGAAGAGGCUGUUUGCAUUGGAUGGAAACGUGCUUCCUGUUAUGUUUGAGAGGAAGGCUUGAAUUUGUUAGUGCUGCUUAUAAUGGAUACUAAAUAAUGCUCAGCCAUACCUAUUUUAAUUCUAACUUCAACUUGUUUGAAAUAAUAUUGUAUUAUAUAUGUAUUCAAAAUAAAA